AUGGAAGAACAAGAACCUCAUGAUCAUCAAACCCUAGUUUUCACAAUACUCAUCUCAAUCAUCAUAACUCUGGUUACCUUCCUCAUCAAGAAACUCAAACCUAACCUAACCCUUCCUCCAUCACCACCCUUCUCACUCCCAUUCAUCGGCCACCUCCGCCUCCUCAAACCACCGCUCCACCGUGUCUUCCUCUCCGUAUCUCAAUCCCUACAAGAUUCUCCGAUCUUCUCCAUCCGUCUCGGAAGCAAACUCGUUUACGUCGUCUCUUCUCACUCCAUCGCCGAGGAAUGUUUUACGAAACACGACGUCGUUUUAGCGAACCGUCCCAACUCUAUUGCUUCUAAACAUAUCUCGUACGGUAGCUCAACCAUGCUCUCGGCUCCGUAUAGUGAACACUGGAGAAAUCUCCGACGUAUCGGCGCCGUCGAGAUUUUUUCCAACCACCGGCUUAAUAGCUUUUACUCUAUCCGCCGUGACGAGAUCCGGCGACUUAUACUUCGUCUCUCACAAAACUCUAAACUCGAAUUUGCUAAGGUUGAGAUGAAUUCAAUGUUCUCCUACUUAACAUUCAACAACAUCACUAGAAUGGUAGCUGGAAAAUGUUACUACGGAGAUGGUUUAGAAGACGAUCCUGAGCCCAAACUCGUGAGGCAGCUUAUCGCAGAAGCUGUGAGUUCUUUUGGUGCUGGAAACGUUGCUGAUUACAUACCAGUCUUGAGAUGGAUCACGAGUUUCGAAGGACGGAUCAAGAAGAUUGCUAGUAGGCUUGAUGAGUUCUUCCAAGGACUAGUCGAUGAGAAGCGAGCGGGAAAGGAGAAAAAAGAGAACACGAUGAUCGAUCAUUUGCUUUCUCUGCAAGAAACUCAACCCGAGUAUUACACAGACCGUACUAUUAAAGGAACUAUACUCUCUCUUAUACUUGCGGGGACGGAUACAUCCGCGGUAACAUUGGAAUGGGCAUUGGCGAACCUAUUGAACAAUCCGGAUGUACUAAAAAAGGCGAGAGAUGAAAUCGACAAUAAAAUUGGUUUAGACAGGUUUGUGGAAGAGUCAGACAUCUCAAAUCUUCCUUACCUUCAGAACAUUGUCUUUGAAACGUUGAGAAUGUACCCCGCGGCGCCAUUGAUGGUCCCUCAUGUCGCGUCAGAAGACUGUAAAGUUGGAGGCUACGAUAUGCCGAGUGGCACGAGGUUAUUGGUGAACGUGUGGGCGAUACAAAAAGACCCUCAGCUAUGGGAUGAUCCAACUAGUUUUAAGCCCGAGAGGUUCGAGAAAGAAGGAGAGAGUCAUAAACUAAUGGCGUUCGGGUUAGGAAGAAGGGAGUGUCCUGGAUCCGUAUUAGCUCAACGGCUAGUAACUCUAACUCUUGGGUCUUUGAUUCAAUGUUUUGAAUGGGAGAGGGUUGGAGAAGAAGAGGUGGAUAUGACUGAAGGUGGAGGACUCACGAUGUCUAGAGCUAGUCCCUUGGUAGCCAUGUGCAGAGCACGGGACUUUGUUGGUGAAAUCUUACAUGAGUCUCCUUGAUUUUAGAGACACUUUUGUUGAUGCUAAUACAUGUAUUUGGGCAACGGCUUGUGUCUUGGAAUGUGUUGGACUGACAAAUCCUUAAGUUAAGGCAAUAACCUUUUUAUUAUUACUAAUCAUGACAAAUUA